AUGACGCCUCUGGUUCACUGUGUGCGACAUGCCCAGGGAGAGCAUAACCUCGGGGGCGAUGCGUAUCUAAUACCUGACCCAAAGCUUACAGAGGUUGGAAUAGAAGAAUGCCGAGCCCUCGAGACUCGGUUUCCUAAUCAUUCUUCGGUCGAGUUGAUAGUUUCAUCCCCUCUGCGCAGAACUCUCCAAACUGCACUAUGCUCAUUUCAGCCAGCAAUCCAGCGCGGGGUCAAGAUAAUUGCUCUUCCUGAACUCCAAGAAACUAGCGAUGUUGCUUGCGAUACUGGUCGUAGUAUUGCAGAAGUGCAGCGAGAAUUUUCCCAGGAAAAUGCUGGUCAGCAGGCCGCAAUUAUUGAUUUCAGUCUAGUAGAAGAAGGGUGGAAUUCAAAGAUUGGUAAAUGGGCACCAUCAUCAAAUGCCCUGAUUGCUCGUGCCCGUGUGGCUCGACAGUGGUUGAGAAAGAGACCGGAGAAAGAAUUGAUCGUUGUGUGUCAUGGGGGAUUUUUGCACUACCUCACACAAGAUUGGACGGGAAUAAAGGCUGAUGAGCAUGCAAGCGCAUGGCAGAACUGUGAUUUUCGUAGCUACCAAUUUGCUAGUUCAAAAGAUGAUGAUGACGCGGCAAUGAUAGAGACAGAUCAGUCUCGACAAGCUAGGGGUGUGGCAGAUGAGAAAGUACCUACAAAGGAAGGGCAAGAUGCUCUGUAUUUGGCGACAGUACAGAAUUGGGAGGACCGAGGGUUUCAAAAUCCUUUGAAACUUAACGAACAAUUCAAAUGA